GGACUGAGGCUGCUGCCAUCUUGAGAAGGACCCCCCCCCCACUUCUUGGAAGGACCACCAUUUUGUAGCAUUGUGUUUCAUGGACUCUAUAGUGUCCAUAGCUCACUCAUAACGGCAGCCAACUGACAGUUUGGAUGCUGCCUGGAGAAAAGAGGCUCUUCUCUUUGCACCAAUCCUUGACUCAUUCAUUACUGCUUUUGGAGGAGACCUGUGGAAUCCCUGUGCGAUUUUUAUGCGCGACAAAAUGCAUCGUUACAUUUACAUGUAGCCAUAAUCUGACAACUACAGGUACCAAUAAAAAUUCUGCUCAACCAGCCUGCGGCCAGCCUGAAGUGAAGCACACCGCUCGUUUAUCUGGGUGGCAGGAAGCUGAUGAAGGGGAAUGGCCGUGGACCGUCAGCAUCCGAAGGAACAGGGUACAUGUGUGCGGUGGAAGCCUGAUCUCAUCUCAGUGGGUGGUGACAGCUGCCCAUUGCUUUGAUGGGCCACUGAAUGUACGUGAGUACAGAGUAAACCUGGGGGAAUAUGAGCUCACUGCACCCACAGCUGCCAUGUUCUCAUCCAGUGUCAACAAGAUCAUAGUACACCCGUUUUAUGCUGGAGUUGGCCUUAGUGCCGAUAUUGCUCUGGUGCAGCUGGCAAACGCAGUGCAUUUCUCCAAAAUGAUUUUGCCUGUCUGCCUCCCAAAUACUUUUCAACCUUUUGUCUUCUACGGAGGGAUGAGGUGCUGGAUUGCUGGCUGGGGCGUCCCCUUUAAAGGAGGCUCCCUAGUCACUCAGACCCUACAGAAGGUGGAAGUGCUGAUCGUAGAAGCUGAAGACUGCAAUGGAGUCUAUCACAACAUAAGUAGUGACAAGACCAUCCCCAAGGGCUACAGGUUCAUCUAUGAUGACAUGAUCUGUGCUGGGUAUUCAGAAGUUGGGAUGCAUGCCUGCUUUGGCGACUCAGGGGGACCUCUAGUCUGUCAGCAGAAUGAUGUCUGGUUCCUGACGGGAGUGAGCAUAACAUUUGGUUGUGUGGAGAGCUCUCAACCUGGCAUCUACACCUUAGUCACCUCCUUCAUGGACUGGAUUGAAGACACUACACAUGAGAAAUUGGCAGCCACUGAUGUCCAUACCAGUUUGGCUACCCUCUUGAUUCCACUCCUUCUCCUGGCCUUAACCAAUGUCCUUUUGGACAAAAGUGUUCGGUCCAAUCUCCGCCUUCUAAUACCAAUCAUCUCCCAUUAUUUUGACCCUGUCUCAUUUUCUCUUGCAGGUGCUGAAAAUGCUUCCACACAAAGAGCCUGCGGACGGCCCCACGUGUUCGCCCCUCGGAUCAUCGGGGGGAAGAAGGCCGACGAAGGGGAAUGGCCGUGGCAAGCCAGCAUACGGAGGAACCGGCUGCACAUUUGUGGCGGAAGCCUGGUCUCGUCCCAGUGGGUGGUGACGGCUGCUCAUUGCUUUGAAGGGCCACUGAACCUACCCGAAUUCCGAGUAAACUUGGGAGAAUACGAGCUCCCCAAGCCUGCGACCAGCAUGGUCUCCUCUGCUGUCAGCCGGAUCAUAGUGCACCCGUCUUAUGCUGGAGAAGGACUUAGUGCUGAUAUUGCCCUGAUGCACCUGAAGGAGGCAGUCAAUUUUUCCCGAACCAUCUCCCCUAUCUGCCUUCCGAGCUCUCCGGAUCCUGACACCUUCCCUGUAGGGAUGGCGUGUUGGGUUACUGGCUGGGGCCUCAUCUCUGCAGACGGCUACUUCAUGGCUCGGACAUUGCAGGAGCUGGAAGUGCCAAUCCUAGGCACUGAGGAAUGUGACCAGAUGUUCCACGAGGACUCCAAUGGCACCGAGACUGUGCCUCUGGGCCACCGGUUGAUCUACAAAGACAUGAUCUGUGCUGGGUACCCAGAUGGGAAUAAAGACACUUGCCAAGGUGACUCUGGGGGCCCUUUAGCUUGCAAGCAGAAUGGCACCUGGUUCCUGGCUGGAGUGGUGAGCUUUGGGGUGGACUGUGCAAAGCCCAAGCGGCCGGGAAUCCACACACGGGUGACUUCCUACAUGGACUGGAUUCAGCGCACCAUGGCAGAGAAAGCAGCCCAUGGUGGCGGUGAUGCCCAUCUCUUGAGUGCCAGUUCUGCCACUCCCUUGCUUCUACUUCUUCUCCUGGUCUUGACCCACAGCCUUUGGUGACCCAUGUUGCCUGCAUACUUGGAGCUUCAGAAUGGCCACCUUGUGUUGAUAGGUUGGAUCAACCAGCUCAGAGUGACCGGACUCUGGUCUUCUGUAGGCUGAGCCUGAAGCAGAGGACAUCAAAGACAGAUGAAGAUCCCUG